UGAUGUUAAAUUUUCAGAUUGAAAGCCGCAAAAGUUAUAUCAUGCUGAGUCUUGUAAAAAGUUGAUUUUUCCACUAUAUCAUUAAUUGUCACAUAUGUUACAAGGAUGGAAAAGGAAGUAUCUAAUAAAUAUUGUUUAAAGCACAACUAGACAAUGUCUUCUACAAGUGCACCGAGUACUAAUGACCUUGCCUUGCCAGUUGCUGCCAUUGUGUGCAUAUCUGUUGUGUGUUAUACAUUGUUGAUUAUAGGUGUACUAGUUAUUAGAUGGGCUAUUCGUAGACAUAAUAUUUGUGAAAAUUGCUGCAAGUGUAAUUUGUGUGGAACAGAGGAACCAUUGGAGUGUACAUGUUGUGUGAAUGUUUCUCAGAAUUGUGACUGUGAUCCUAGUCUUAAUAAAUGUUUGGAUAAAUUAUGUCCCAACAGAAAGAAUGUGAGUUGUGUAGAUAUUUUGCUGUGCCAAUGUUUUGCAGGUCCAAAUAAUUGUUGUACUAAUUGGUGCAAUGAAUGUGGAACUCUUCAAUCUCAAAAUGUCACAUGACAUAUUUCCAUGGUAACAAUAAUAUAUAAAUUACUUAUAGUCGAGUAGAAGAAGAAAAUAAUUGUUGCGUAUUGCCGUGUGACAUAAAGUGUGCUCAUUUCAACUUUUGUUGUUUUGAGGUCAAUUUGAGAACAACAACUAGCCAGAGAGAACAAUCUGACUUUCAAAUGAUGCAGGUGAACUCAGCAAGAAGUAUGCAGAGCCGUUCCAAAAGUGGACGAGAACCUUCCACUGUGGUUCAAGUUAUUAAUAUUUAAUGGAAAAGAAAACCCAUUUGUAUUUGACAUGUUUGAUAUUUUUUUGUUACUUUUUUGUUUAAUUGAAAGAAAUAAUUUAAAGGAUUUUUGAAAAUAUUUGAUAAACACAGACAUAUCAUUUUCAUUGUAAAAAUUACUGUCAGUAUUCAGAGUUAAAAAAAGCAGGUCACUAUGGUAAAUUCUAAAGUAUAAUGCAUGCAUAAGGGUCUGGAUGGGGUUUACAGAACAGAGAAUAAUGAAGAAAACAUGCAGAAUAAAGGGCAAACAAAAAUUAAAGAAUAGAGAAAAAUAGGCAACAAAAAUAAAGAAUAGAGAAUAAUGGGCAAAAUAAAUAAAGAAUAGAGAAAAAUGGUUUAAAAAUCAAAGAAUAUAUAAAGAAAUGAAGGACCCCAUCUCGACCCUCAUACAUUUAUUUAUGCUAUUUCAGAAAAAAACAAAGAGAAAGGGUAGAUAAAUAAAAGCAAUAUAAAAAAUAUUGUAUACAAAUAAUGAUAUCAGAAUUUAAAAAGACAUAAAUAAUGAGAUACUCAUCAGAUCAUAACUUUUACAAUGAUAAAACAAUGCAAAAUUUGCUGAGUAAAUGUAAUGGAAUAUGGAAAUUCAACAAAUUUUAAGAAACAUAUAUUUUCUAGGGAAAGAGACAAAUCUGAUUGGAAGGAAUUGAUGUAUUUCAUUUUUUUGACGGUCAGGUCACGUAGAACAAGUUAUUUUAUUUUUUAGGCUGAGUCAGGUCAUUUAAAACUAGUUGUUAUAUUUUCAAGUUUAUUGGUUUUAUAAAAUUUAAUCUGAUGGAAUUACAAAAAUGUUCUUACUCACUUUUAACAAGUCUAAGAUUUGUUUACAAUGGAAUGCAUCUAAAUGAUUAGUCUGUUAGGAUUAUUAAGAAAACCAAAUAACAUGGUCUUAUCCAUAUCGCUUCAAGAAACAGUCCAAGUUUUACCGGAUUACUGCUACCUCUUAGUAUCCCCCUCAAAAUCAGAAAUCUAUUGGUGUAUCAAUGCUUGUUCUUUUAUGAAAUUACAAUAUAUAUACAAUAUAUAUAUAUAUAUAUAUAUAUAUAUAUGUGGUGCCUAUUUCCUUCAUAUCUAAUUUUUAAUUCUGCUGAGUUGCAAAUGAAAACAUUUCCCUGACAUUUGCUUGCAUCAAGCAGACGGCCAUGUUUCCUCCUUUUGACAGUUUCUGAGAGGAUGUGUAUUGGAGGAUAGUCAGUAUUCAAUAAUGACUACAGUUUAUUUUACAAAUGUGUAUUCUAUUUUUAGAUAGCUGCAUAUAAUGUAAGUGGCCUUAACCGAUAUUAAAUGAAGUAAAGUAAUUCUUUAUCAUUACACUUCAUUGUCUUCAUUUUACUUACAGACAAUUGGUAUGUAAAAAAGUAAAUGUACAACUGGUAUAUACCAGUAAUUUUUUUUAUUUAAAAUAUUUCAUGUCAUGACAUUGUUCAAUUUAAAAUAUUAUCUUGUAUAAUUAAUAAUCAAAAUAUUUGUAAAUGUAAAUGAAUCUCGAUUUGUUUUGUGAUAAUAAAACAUGCAAAAUAUCCUACUGGUGAUGGUGCUAAAAUCUUCCCUAUUCAGUAUUUUUUACUCACACAAUUCAUAUCUUUCAAUGUAUUUGAAAUUGCUGUUGAAACAUGUUAUUCAAAAAUAAACUCUGCAUAAACAAAUUUAAUCUAACAGUUAAACUAUAAUUUCGUCCUGUACUGUACUAUAA